GACGAGUGAAGCGGGAGACAUAUUUCUCACACUUCUUCACCUACAUGAGAUUCAACACUCUGCUCUGCAAUGAGGAUAUUAACACCAUCUGGGAUUUUUUGAACACUUACACACACGCGCACACACACACACUCUCACAAACACACUCACACACAUACGGAGUCACCAUGAUGAAGAAAGGUGGUCUGAACUUCCUGAGCAGGAGGAACCAGUCUCUGUUUGACACCAACGUCCAGAUGAAAGACAUGGACAAUGUGGAGUAUGUGUUUGACACGGUGAUGAUCCCAGACUCAGGCACAGCUAAAGUCCGCUCCAGACCCACUGUCAAACAUUUCAGCACGUUUGGAGACGGAGCCGGAUUCGCUGUUCCAACUCCAACAGUUCCCGUUCUGUCUUCUUUCACCACGGCUCAAAUCAGCCACACAGGUAAGACAGAGAGUCUGCCCAACGGAGGAACCGUCUCAGUGAAUAACCUUGGAGGAAGCCAGAUUUCGAUCCCUCCUCCUCCCUCCAUUGCACCUCCACCUCCACCACCCCAAUUCAUCCCCCCAUCACCUGGACAUGUUGCUCCUCCUUCAGCAUUCUUUGGGGAACCGUAUUCACCAGUAGACCUGUCCACUCUAGAACCUCCCUCCAUGCCCCCUCCCAAGCCACCUUCUCUAGGAACACCAGACGUAGAUCUGUCCAUGUUAAGGCCUCCACCUAUGUCUCCCCCGAAACCCCCAAGUUAUCAAAUCUCUACCAAUUCACCUGUGGACAUCCCAGACUGCCCCAAAUUUACCCCCCCACUGCCCCCAACAGAGAGAUCCCAGUCCCCCACAACAAAAGUCCAGAAGAUGCCUCCUCCCAAGCCUAACAGAUUCUCGUCCGUCCCCAACUUUGAGAUGCCUUCAUAUGGAUCAGCUACUCCGACUUCUACACCCUCGAGAAGACCGGCAUCUGGCUUUAUCCCCCAAAAUACAGGAAAACUUUACACUCUUCCAAAAACAACAGUUCUCCCUGGCCAAUCAGAUCAGACACCAUACUUGCCGAUGGAGAACAAGUCUAAACUUUCAGUUGGAGUUCAUGCCAGUGGGAACGCAUCAACAUCUGAAAAGGAAAUAGACGCACCCCAGAACCUCAUGCCUCCAGUCAAGCCAGUGCGUUGCAACAGUUCAGCCAUGAAGCUGGAGGAAAAUCUACAGGACUUGAAGGAGAAUAUGCAUGCGACGCAAUCCAAUCAACCACCAUCACCAAUCAGGCUCAUCAACAACAUGGCUGCAAAAGUAGAGUCACCACCAGCUGCCCCAAAAAAGAUCCCGUCUCCAGUAAAAGGUUCUCCUACAGCAGAAAGGUCAGCAGCAUUGCUAUCAGCUCAGGACAUAAUCCACCGGACGUCUGUGGACCCAGCACGGAAAUAUAGCCCCUUACUGAACCGCAAGCUGCAGAACUUGAAAACCAAUGAACCUUCUAGUGGGAAAGAGCCGGCUACUUCUCCUCUCGCCCUGCUGAUGGCGGCUAAGGAACGAGACAAACAGAGAUCGGGCAUUUCCAGAGACAACAGCACCAAGAGCAACAGCUCUGUAGAGUCUUCCAGUGGGAGCAUCCAUCCAAGUGACACCAGACCCAACUCAUUCGUUGUUACCCCAAGACCUCCAGUGUCCCCAGGAAGUGCCAGUCCCUUCAUAGACCCCAAAUCCCACACAGAGAACCCAAACGUUACUAACUUCAGACCCUCUGUACACUCCAGCAGCAUUCUUACUAAAAACCCUACGAGUGUUGCAUCCCCGAUAUCCCCACCUGGGCUGUACCAUGGCCUUGAUACCAUCUCCUUCAUCCCUCCUCCACCUGAAUUUGCUAACUCUGAUCCAGAAGAUGAAGCUCCACCUCACAUGCCUCCACCUGACCCACCUGCCAAGAGAGCAGAUGUAAUGCCACCACUAAACUCUGCCCCAAUCAUAAAUGGCCCUACUAAUCCCCCAGGUAAUAUUUCCAGCACCACUGCACCAGUUUAUGCUGUCCCUAGCACUCAGUUCAAACCAAAACCCCAAGCUCCACCCCCAUCUCUGCCAAAAACUCAAACCCAAGCACCGCCCCCAUCUCAACCUAAAUUUCAACCCCAAGCUCCACCCCCAUCUCUGCCAAAAACUCAAACCCAAGCACCGCCCCCAUCUCAACCUAAAUUUCAACCCCAAGCUCCACCCCCAUCUCUGCCAAAAACUCAAACCCAAGCCCCGCCCCCAUCUCAACCUAAAUUUCAACCCCAACCUCCGCCCCCCACUCAACCUAAAUUUCAACCCCAACCCCCCCCCCCAUCCCACCCUAAAUUUCAACCCCAACCGCUGCCCCCAUCUCAACCUAAAUUCCCCCCCCAAGCCCCGCCCCCAUCCCCACCUAAAUUUCCACCCCAAGCUCCGCCCCCAUCCCAACCUAAAUUUCAAACCCAAACUCUGCCCCCAUUUCAACCAAAAACUCAACCCCAAGCUCCGUCCCUAUCUGAACCGAAAACUCAACCCCAAGCUCCGCCCCCAUCUCAACCAAAAAUUCAACCCCAAGCUCUGCCCCCAUCUCAACAGAAAACUCAACCCCAAGCUCCGCCCUCUGUUGCUGCCGGUCAGGCCACACUGCUCAGCAUCCUGCAGAAGAAGAUGCUAGAAAUGGACCCCAAAUUCCCUCACGCCCAGGACGCCGACGCCAGCAGUGAUGAAUGGAACUCCCAGACAUUUGAAGAGGAUGUAGGGGGCGUUCUUUCACUAAACUCCGCCCCCAAACCCAAAAGCUCCACUCUGCAUGCACAGUCUGCAAGUCUGGACAUGAAAGAACUGGAGAACAAAAUGACCAUGAAAGCAAAAGCACCAGCCAGCAGUGCUUCUUCAAAGCAGCAGUUUGGGAUGACCUUCCUAGUGAGGCCUGGAACCAAACAACCCAUCACACCCAUCUCCAAAACCGAGUGACUUACCACACACACACACACACACACAAAGCUCUGUGUGAAGAACUCCUACAUGGAAAUACGUUACAGAUGAUAUUGGACAGGUUACAGACUGUAGCGGUUUCUCUGGAUGUGAAGUUCACCUGAAACUCUGUGUGUGUGUCCAAUCUGAAUUUAUUCUCUGUUGGAUGGACUGAUAUCUGACACACACACAGUUUCAGGUGUUGCUAAAUCAUCAGCGCUAAACCCUGCAGCAUGGACUUGUACAUUUUAAUGUUCUUAUUGUGUUCAUGUAUAUAUUCACUCUGUAAAUAAGCAAAACACACACACACACACACUUAAUUGGAAUAAAUGUGUUUCUCUGUUUAUUUAUUUAUUUUUUUUAGCCAGAGUGAUGACUGCAUCCUGAAAUGCUGCUCACUCGCUCAAAUCUAACAAACUGACCAACCCUGAGCUAUAUGGGUCAGAACCCCCAGCGGCAGGGCUGGGUGUGUGUGUGUGUGUGUGUGUGUCAGUGGGAUGAUGCGGUCAGAGCUGUAAUGAACUGUAAAAAUUAGCUGAUGUUAAGUUGAUUUAAUCUGACAGGAAGUGUGUGUAGAGUUCUGCUUGUAUGAUUAUAGAAGUAAGGAACAAUUAAAUGUAAUAGUGUUAUAUUAAAGUGUGUUAACAUGCA